CUAGGACCCGAGCACAGCCGAGAGCACUCGAACACCUCGCCAGCCUGGAAGCCAAUUUGGUACACUGGUUGGCACACCGGCGUCUUGAUUUGUGCCGCUUCUGCAGUUGUUGUUCUUUUUAUAAACGUCGGUUUAACAAUCUAUGCUGCCCUUAACCCGGGCUACGAGAUGGAAGGGGGAAUUGUGACGCUAUACCGGGGAGGCAGUUGUGAUCAGAGCAAGACAAUUGGGACGUGGUUGCACCUGGGGAUAAAUGUCCUUUCCACCUUGCUAUUGUCCGGCAGUAAUUAUACUCAGCAGUGCCUUGCAGCGCCAACCCGCAGCGAGAUUGACUCCGCGCAUGCGAGGAGAAGAUGGAUGGAUAUUGGUGUUCCGAGUGUUAGGAAUUUGUUCAGGAUUAAGCUAGAGAGGACAUUCUUGUGGAUAGCUAUUGGGCUUACGAGCAUUCCGUUACAUUUACUGUACGUUUGUCAGGGUUGCCAUGCCCAGAAGGGUUAUGGGGGUAGCUAAUAGGGAUAUUCUAGGUACAAUUCCGCAGUAUAUACUUCUUUAACUGCGAAUAGUUACACCGUGGCCGCUGUAGCGACCAACGAUAUUGAGCCGGGAGGGUACCCGAACAUGACCGAUGCGUUGGGGGGCGACCACGAAUUCUCACACGGGGACGACAUAGAGCUAUUUCGUCGUGUCAUUGAGAGAUACAGAAACCGUACACGGAUCUACCAAUACCUUGAACCUUCUGACUGCACGGAGCGUUACAACAAGGAUUUCCUCUCCGACCGGAGUAACCUGUUCCUGGUUGUGAAAAAUAGCUCCACCUCCACUUAUAAUACGACCCUCCUGGAUAUGUUUGAUGUAACCGCCGGGGAUCCCACGACAAGUACGUGGAUGUGCACAGACCACUUGGUCACCGAGUAUGGCGAGUGUGAUCCAAACGAGCUAGUCAAAAAUUUGAAGGAUGGGUAUCUAUGGCGGAUAAAGCUCAGAAGCGUGAAGGAUGAGGUAGAGAUUAGUGGAUGUAUAAGCGAGAUGACGGAUGAGAAUUGCACGGUGCAGUUUACCCUACAGAUCAUGAUCGUCGUUAUCUGCUGCAAUUUUGUUAAAGCUUGCUGUAUGAUCAUGGCGGUUGUUAGAACUCGGGAGCCCACACUGGUUACAUUGGGUGAUGCGGUGGACUCUUUCUUAAGAGUCCCAGACCCGACCACAGUUGGGAUGUGUUUUUCCGAUCGGCGGUUCGCCAUCUUGGAGUGGAGGCAUGGGCGGAGUAUCGGAGCAAGACCGUGGAAGCAAGAGGGGGUGCAGAGGUGGUGGAGAAGUGUGAGUGAGACGAGGUGGUUGAUCUGUAAUUUGUUUUGUUUGAUAACUAUUAUUGCCGCGGGGAUCUUACUCGAUAUGGGAAUACGGAAGGACGCGGAAUACGGGAGCCCCGGCCUUAAAUCAAUGUAUGUUCUCAUGUUCCCCGUGCAUUCGAGCACUUCCUUUGCGCACAAUAUUAACGGAAAAUCAAAAAAAGGUGGAACAGAGGCUUGGGUAAAGUAAACAGUGUCUCCCUGGUUAGUUUGACCUUCAGAAACAUAACCGAGGCAACCCUCCUAGCGAACCUUCCACAAACCAUCCUCUCAUUCCUCUACCUAACCUACAACUCCCUAUUCACCUGCAUGCUCUUGGGCCAUGAGUGGUCUCUUUUCGCCCACCAUCACCGCACCCUCCGUGUCACAUCACCACGGCCAGGACAGCGUUCCACGUACUGGCUUCAAGUACCAUACACCUACGCCAUCCCUCUAAUGACUCUGAGCGGCCUCCUCCACUGGCUGACCUCGCAAUCUCUAUUCCUCGCUAGGGUUGAUAUAUUCAAUGCGCUCGGGGAAUCGAUUUCAACAACGAUAAGUACAAUAGGGUACUCCUGCAUUGCCACCAUUUUCGUGCUCACCCUCGGAAUUGUUGCUCUGGUAACUGCAGCUGGGAUGGGAAGUAGGUCAUUUGCUGCAGAGAUUACUACUGUUGGGAGCUGC